GUAUGUAUAUUCAACUAUAAAUUCUACGAAUAUAUCUACGAAUUAUUUUGGCGCGUUAGUAAAUAUACAUGAAACCAACGUUGAAAACAGAUCAAAUAUAUUAGUACCAAUACAAUUCUUUUAAAAGCUAGUAGCUAGUAGCUUUAUUUUUAAAACGUAGCUUUAAGAUCUUUAUUGUCACAUUUAACGAACACCAACUAAACAAUAAUCAACAAAAAUAUUUGAACGAUUGGUCUUUUUGAUUUGGAGGUAAGCUUCUCCUAUAUAAGUAUCCAAUUACAAGUGUAGUUUUAUUAAAAUAUUAUUCGAUGGAAUGAAAACAUAGUGUAUGCUUUGAAGCAUAAAAUGCUUUAUGCUGCGUCCAUGCCAAUAUUAAUAAAUGUGUGACAGAUGAAAACUGAUAAGUGACCGGCAAAAUAGGAAUCAUAAACAUGGCUUUACGUACGUAUGGUGAUAAACCUAUAAGUUUUCAAGUGGAAGAAAAUGGAGAAUAUUAUUGCAUUGGAUCCGAAGUGGGCAAUUAUUUACGCCUAUUUCGUGGAUCGUUAUAUAAACGUUAUCCUGGAAUGUUCAGAAGAUCAAUUACAAAUGAUGAACGUAAAAAGCUAGUAGAGCUUGGACUAAGUCAACAUGUACUUGCGUCUAGCGUAUCUCUUUUAAGAGCUAGUGAAGUUGAAGAUAUUAUUGAAGGGAAUGAUGAUAAAUAUAAAGCUGUAUCAGUACAUUCAACGGAACCUCCAGCUCCUAGAGAAGGGAAGUCAAAGAAAUCCAUGCCAUGGGUGCCUAGUUUACCAAAUAGUUCGCACCUAGAUGCUGUGCCUCAAGCCACACCAAUUAAUCGUAAUAGAGUACACAAUAAGAAAGUUAGAACAUUUCCUUUAUGUUUCGAUGAUACAGACCCAUCAGCAAAUUUAGAAAAUGCUGCACAACAAGAAAUGUUAGUUCCAAUUCGUUUAGAUAUGGAAAUUGAAGGACAAAAGUUGAGAGAUACAUUUACAUGGAAUAAAAAUGAGAGUCUUAUAACACCAGAACAGUUCGCCGAGGUAUUAUGCGAUGAUUUAGAUUUAAAUCCUCUUACUUUUGUACCAGCUAUUGCACAAGCUAUAAGACAACAAAUAGAAGCUUUCCCUCAGGAAACAAUUCUUGAAGAUCAGUGUGAUCAACGAGUUAUAAUUAAGUUAAAUAUACAUGUGGGCAAUACAUCUUUAGUAGAUCAAGUGGAAUGGGAUAUGUCUGAAAAAGAAAAUAAUCCUGAAAAAUUUGCGAUGAAACUUUGCGCAGAAUUGGGUCUUGGCGGAGAAUUUGUUACUGCGAUUGCAUACAGUGUUCGAGGACAAUUGUCAUGGCACCAAAGGACAUAUGCAUUUUCUGAAGCCCCUUUACCUACAGUGGAAGUACCUUUCAGGCCUCCUUCAGAGGCUGAUCAAUGGGCACCAUUCUUAGAGACAUUAACAGAUGCAGAAAUGGAAAAGAAAAUACGUGAUCAGGAUCGAAAUACGAGACGAAUGAGACGCUUAGCAAAUACUACACCUGGAUGGUAAAAUAUGUAAAUUACAGUGGUAAUAAUUAACAACAGACUCUAACAUCCUACAUUCUACUGAGCAGUGUUGCUCAGUAUUUUCAAUCUCUUUGUCCAUUUUUAGACUUUUUUAAACCACAUAUAUAAUAAUAUAACUUUUAUGUUAAGAUUUAGACAGGAAAUAAAGCUCAUUCUAAUAAAUAUUUAUACAUUUACCAAAAUAACAAUGCAACUGGCUAAUACGAAAGUAUAUCUAUGAUCUUUAAUUAAAAAAUGUUUCAUAUAUCUCCAGAUAAUUAUUUUAAUUCUUAUAUUCUUACUUGCACAGCUGUAUUAAUAAUUACCAUUAUAUAACAUAGGAAAUAAAAACGUUCCUGAUAGUAUACUUGUACUUCAGAUGCUUAUGAAAUAUAAGUCACACUAUGAUAAUAUAAUGAGAUAGUCAGAAUGAUGAUAAGAGGUUCGAUAAGGUCUAUCAAUUUGACAAUGUUAGAAUGUUCUAUCCAAAUUUUAAAAAAAUUUAUAUAAAUUAUAAUAAAAUAAGCUGUAAUUUUACAUGUAUUU